AUGUUGCAGGUUAGAAGUUGGAGCUUAAAACCCUCCCUCUUCUAUCUAUCCUUUCUCCUUCCAAAACAACAACACAACUCAAGCUAGCAAAUCCUCUCUCUCUCUCUCUCUCUCUCUCAUGGCUGCCGAGUAUGGAGAAGCUGGUUUUGGCGAAGCAAAGUUGUGCUUACCUUCACAUGAUCGUGAUGUUCCAGAUAAGGCAGGCGACAGAAAGGAGCAUAGGAGGCAACGACUAUUGAUCCAAUACUACCACCACCAACCACAUGGACAGCAUCAUCGUCGAAGAUCAUCCCCUCCAGAGCCGUUUCCACAGAUAUUGUGUCCUGAUCAUCAUGAGCAGCAUUUAAAAUCUAGCGGGAGACCACCACAUGAUCAUAGACCAAAACUUGGGACGAAUGGGGCAUCAGGAGGACCUGGAAUGCAAGCUUUUUUCCUGGAGUCAGCUGGCAGAAGAUCAUGUGGUACUGGAGUUUUUCUUCCACAAAGAACAGGCACCAACGUCCCCCAAUCAAGCCAGAAGCCAGCCUGCUCGCCGGUUCUCCUCCCUAAUCGUGUCGUUCAAGCUCUCAACCUCAACGUCCAUGCAUUAGGCUUGCAUAUGUCGGCGCCCCGAAAAGAUAACAAAUGCAAUCACAAAGGUAGAGAUUGCAUUUCAAACAAGAAAAAGAAUGGUAAGGAGUUACCAGCACAGUACUGUAAUUAUGUAAUCGCCCAGAAUCGAAGUUCUUCCCCAGAGAUAUUUCUUCCAAAGGAAUGGACUUACUAACUCUUAAAAGAGGGGGCUAGCUGUUGUACCAGAAAUCCAUAAAAGCUAAAGCCAGGUCUAGGCAGAUCAAGCUCUGCUAGCUGUUUUCUUUUCUUUUCUCUUAAAAUAUGCUGUUGCUUGUACUUUAUCAUCUAAUGAAAUCCAAUAACACAGCAUAUAUCGGAUCUCGUCCCUUUCAAUUUCAUUUUAUUUGUCCUUGAAUAUGUUUGAAUAAUUGGCCCAAUGAGAUGUUUUAUUCUAAAA